AUGAAUCGCGAUGUGGAGAAGCGCGCCGGAGCAACAGACCCGCCUCUCGUCGAAGAGGAAACGGGUGCAGUGCCUGCCUCAAGCUUCGAGUAUGGUGAUUCGUUGUACGCCAGGCUUCAGCGACUAGGGGGAAAGAUCAAAGUCGAGCAGCGAGGCAUCGAGCGUGUCCCCGAUGACGAGAGAAAUGAUAGUUCGUACUGGAACAUUGGCUCAAUGUGGCUGGCUGCAAACAUGGUAGUCCCCUCAUUUACCAUCGGCGUCUUGGGGAAGCCCUUAUUCGGCAUGGGCUUCAUUGAUUCCGCCCUGGUCAUCAUCUUUUUCAAUUUUAUCGGAGUCCUUACCGUCUGUUUCUUCUCCAUCUUUGGGGCCGCUUUUGGAUUGCGCCAAAUGGUCUUGUCCAGAUUCUGGUUCGGCUGGUGGGGUGUGAAGCUAAUCGCCAUCUUUAACGUGCUAGCUUGCGUUGGAUGGGCAGCUGCCAACAUCAUCGUUGGAGCUCAAUUGAUCAACGCCGUCAAUCCGGAUGUUCCAGGGUUUGCUGGAAUCUUGAUCAUCGCGUUUUGCACACUGAUUAUCGUUUUCUUUGGCUAUCGAGUUGUUCAUGCCUACGAAUACUGGAGCUGGAUACCAACUUUCAUCGUCUUUCUUGUGGUCCUGGGUGUUCUUGCCCAUUCGGGCGAUUUCAUCAAUAUUCCCAUUGGAGCCGGCAAAGCCGAGCUAGGUGCGGUCCUUUCUUACGGUUCCACAGUGUUCGGCUUCGGCACAGGUUAUACAAGCUUCGCUGCAGAUUAUACAGUCUAUCAACCGAGCAAUCGCCCCCGCCGUAAUGUAUUCCUGGCCACCUGGUUAGGAAUCUUCCCAACUCUCCUAUUCACCGAACUUCUCGGCGCUGCGCUUGCCACCGCAAUGGCUCACAAUGGUGGUGAUAAUGCUUAUCAGCAGGGAUGGGAUGAGGCAGGAGUUGGCGGUCUUCUUGGCGCUCUUCUGUUCCCACGGGUCGGAGUGUUUGGCAAGUUUUGCGUCGUGAUACUCGCCUUCUCCAUCGUGGCCAAUAAUUGCCCCAACAUCUAUUCCGUCUCCCUUACACUCAUGGUUAUGGGACGGUGGACCCGACAUGUCCCUCGUUUCGUGUGGACAGUGGUUGCUACCGGAGUUUAUAUCGCAAUUGCUAUUCCGGGGUACAGUCAAUUCGAAGCAGUGCUGGAGAAUUUCAUGCAUUUCAUCGGCUACUGGCUUGCGAUCUAUGAGGGAAUCGCCAUCACGGAGCAUUUUGUGUUUCGACGAGGGUUCUCUGGCUACCACCCCGAGGACUAUGACAUGCGAGAGAAACUACCGCCGGGAAUUGCGGCUCUUCUCGCAUUCUGCUGCGGAAUUGUUGGAAUGGUGACCGGUAUGAGCCAGUCAUGGUAUGUCGGGCCUAUCGCCAGAUCAGCUGGGCCAGCCCCAACUGGUGGUGAUGUUGGCUUUGAAUUGGGGUUUGCGUUCGCAGCGGUCUCGUAUGCCAUACUCAGGACCAUUGAACUGAAGGUUUUCAAAAGAUAA